AUGUAUGAAUUUCAACGUACAAACAAGAUUACUGGAGUUCACUGGUUGAAGGAUGCUAUUGAAGACAUACAAGUCAAUGUGAAGUUGAAACCAAAGGAAAGCAUAAUGACUCUCCCAAAAUUUGAAGAUUACACAAAUGAGGCUCCAAGCGCCAAUAUAGAAUCUUUUGAGGCAGCUAGAGAGUACACAUUUGCUUGGCAAGAGAAAGUUUUUAGCUUGUGGGAAUUGCAGCGAUACUCCAAUGUUCAUAAUUGCACCACCGAUGUUCAGUUAACUUAUCACAACAUGUUGAAUACUACAGACUAUGAACCAUCAAAAAUAUUCUCGUAUAUUCAUGAGGAUUGUUACCUCUCACUGCCAUCGGACAGUGUGUGCUUCAAAAGUAACAUUCUGGAACUUAACUCUUGCUUUGGUAGGUUGAAUUUAAAUGAUAAAAUCGGAGAGGUGUUGAAUACUGACAAUGGAUCUAUGGGUCAUCUGUUUAGGAGUGAAGAGAAUAUUGAUAAUAUAGCAGAUGGGAAAUGGAGAGCAAUGCACAUAGUGCUUGAUAAUUCUCAAUAUGAUGAAGACUCCAACUUAAUAUUGAAGCAGGAGGCCAUACUUCUGUCGCUUUACCACAAUGUGAAGAAUAACUAUCUCCUUGUGUCACCUGAUAGUAACAACUUGGAGAUGAACCCAUACUCGGUGGAGACAAGAACAGGAUUGCAAUUGGAACAUGUGUAUGCUGUUGAUCUACAACUUCAUGGUGAUGGAGAAAAUGCUGAAGAAUUGUCUAUACUACUUGAAAAAUUAAGGAAGAAAUGGGAAAAGAUGCAUAAACAUCUGGUCAACUUCUCCGCUCCACCUUUGGGGAAAAAACUGCACUAUGUUGCCUUAGAAAUACUCACCGCUAGUGAUUUUGAAAUCGACAAUUUAUAUAUUGAGUUUAAUAUCAAGUUACCAGAAGGAGUCCAAUCCAGUGAUGGUUUACAUGGACGGACGCACGUCUCCAAGUCAUUCAGGACAGAUGAUAGAGACGAUUGGAACUUCGGACACUUAAUCACGCUGGCUUUGGAAACCAUUGAUGCUUCGGAUCCCCCGACCAUCCAGUUAUUCUUCGAAGUGAUUUCAACGGACUGGUGGGGCCGCCACCGCACUGAGGGCUACAGCUAUCUCCCUCUAACGUUAGAACCGGGCACUUAUACCAAGAUGCUGUCCUGCUCUCGCCCCGAAGAGAGCGAUACGGCGGAAGCGGAGAGCAGGCGGUUCUUCGUCGGCGGAUGUCAUUUGAUCAAGGACUUGGAUGUGCUGGCUAAUCCACAUUUACAGGACGCAAACUUCGUCUACACAACUACGGGCAGUAUACAAAUCCGUUGGAGUGUUGUAUCUCACUCUCCCAUACCGGGACACUCGGAAACUACCAAAGAAUCAGUAGCCCCAAGCACUUCAGCAUCAGCUUUACUGCGUGGGGCGGAAGCUGUACUUAGGCAGUAUAAACGAGCGAAAGCGAGACUAGCUGCGGCCACCAAAGCCUUGGGAGGGAGUGGGGAUGGACCGGAGGAUGGGUAG